CCUAUUUUCAAAACCACAAACUAAAACCAUAAGUUUUGAUAUGUAUGUGACUCGAUCUCUUUCUCAUUACAAGAGCUCUCCGGAAGCUCUUUAUCAGCCUCCCGAGGGUCCAAACUCGGGUUGCUUGGUAAUCCAAGAUGAAGAGUCUGAAACUUACUCAUGCUUUGGGCUCUACAAGAAUAGGUAUCUUGCAGGGUUACCCUUUCCUCAGAACAAAAGAUUGACCACACGUUACGCUUCAGGGAAUGGUGAACAUCGACGUGUUUAUUACAAUGAAGUUGUCUUUAUUCCUGUCCUUAAUCAACCAUUGUCUUCAAACCGUUACUAUGCAAUAAAGCCACGUGGAUCGCAUAAAGGGGAAGCUUUUGCAUGCUCCAAGGAGGAAGACAUGACGCCAUGUUGUUUCUGUAAUUGUGUUAGUGAUGUAAAACCAAGGCCAUUGGAGCCAAAUGAUGUGUACCAACAGUUUGAGAUCGUUCCUUACAAAGCAUCUUGUAGAGGUGAUGGAAGCUUUAAUGCCAAAUCUGUCGCUGAAGAUGGAUACCCUCCACAUUUCUUAAGGAGAAAAGGUUGGGAAAUCUACACUAAAACUCCUAAAAAUUAUGAGUUACGUGAAGCAAAUGGACUCAAUGAUUCCCUUCGUUCACGCCUCCCUGAAUUUAGUUUCCCACCCUCCACCAAAACUUCCAAUUCAGUGGUCGUUGGCAAGUGGUAUUGUCCUUUUAUGUUCAUAAAAGAAGGAAGAUUGAACGAACAGGUGAAAAUGUCUAUCUUUUAUGAAAUGACAUUGGAACAAAAAUGGGAACGAGUUUUCGAACAGGAAAACGAGCAUAAUGACAAAGGAAAUGAUGUGUUUUUGAAAGCUUCAUUUCAAAAUGAAGCGGUUUUCAUUGGUGAGAGUCAGCAGGAGGCUAUAUGGGAUGAGAAAGACAUGGUAGAUGGAACCUUAUGGUUUUUCUGUCGAGGGGGUGAUAAUGAAAAAGAAGAAAGUGUAGGGUUGAGAAGAGAAAUUGUUGAAAGAAUGAGGUGGGAAGAAGAAAAAGUUGGAUGGGUUGAUGGUGGAGAGAACAGGAUACAUAUGGUUACGAGAGAAGAGAAGUUUGAAGGAAGUGGUGGAUGGAAGAGAUUUGGUUGUUAUGUUUUGGUUGAAAGAUUUGUGCUCAAAAGAAUGGAUGGAACUUUAGUAAUGGCAUAUGAUUUCCGUCAUAUCCAUCAAAUUAAAACCAUAUUUGAAUAAGAUUUAUAUGUUUUUUUGUAUAAGAAUGAGACGAUAAUAUGUUAAUAUCCUGUAAUUUUAUAAGUAUGUACAUUAUAUGUCAGACGGUGUUUGUUUUUC